CGCUGGGCCUGGGGUGUGCCCUGCAGCUGGGGGGCGGGGUUGGAUAUUCCCGAAGUCAGGGAGCAGUCUCCGGACAGGAUGUGAGAGAGGAACCGGGGUCUCCAGUCACGGGAGCCAGCUAGGGCUGCAGGAGGGAAGGGAACUUCGCUGUGGUCUCCCGCUCAGGAUGGGGGUCCCUCGGCCUCGGUCCUGGGGGCUCGGUUUCCUGCUUUUCCUGCUGCCGACCCUGCGCGCAGCAGACAGCCAUCUCUCCCUCCUGUACCACCUCACCGCUGUGUCCGCUCCUCCUCCUGGGACUCCUGCCUUCUGGGCCUCCGGCUGGCUGGGUCCCCAGCAGUAUCUGAGCUACAAUAACCUGCGGGCCCAGGCCGAGCCGUAUGGGGCUUGGGUCUGGGAAAACCAGGUGUCCUGGUAUUGGGAGAAAGAGACCACAGACCUGAGGACCAAGGAGGGGCUCUUCCUGGAAGCUCUCAAAGCCUUGGGGGAUGGAGGACCCUACACCCUGCAGGGCCUGCUGGGCUGCGAGUUGGGCCCUGACAACACCUCAGUGCCUGUGGCCAAGUUUGCGCUGAACGGCGAGGAUUUCAUGACUUUCGACCCCAAGCUGGGCAUCUGGAAUGGGGACUGGCCCGAGACCGAGACGGUCAGUAAGAGGUGGAUGCAGCAGGCUGGGGCAGUCAGCAAGGAGAGGACCUUCCUGCUCUACUCCUGCCCCCAGCGGCUGCUGGGCCAUCUGGAGAGGGGCCGUGGAAACCUGGAGUGGAAGGAGCCACCCUCCAUGCGCCUGAAGGCCCGACCCGGCAGCCCUGGCUUUUCUGUGCUCACCUGCAGUGCCUUCUCCUUCUACCCACCGGAGCUACAACUACGAUUCCUCCGGAAUGGCCUGGCAGCUGGCUCUGGUGAAGGGGACUUUGGCCCCAAUGGCGACGGCUCCUUCCAUGCCUGGUCUUCACUGACAGUCAAAAGUGGCGACGAGCACCACUACCGCUGCCUGGUGCAGCAUGCAGGGCUGCCACAGCCCCUCACUGUGGAGCUGGAAUCACCAGCCAAAUCCUCGGUGCCAGUGGUUGGAAUCGUCAUUGGCUUCUUGCUGCUCACGGCAGUGGCUGUGGGAGGAGCUCUGCUGUGGAGGAGGAUGAGAAAGGGGCUGCCAGCCCCUUGGAUGUCUCUCCGUGGGGAUGAUGUAGGGGCCCUCCUGCCCACUCCUGGCGUGCCCAAGGAUGCUGACUCUUAGGAUAUAAAUGCAUUCUCAGCAGCUGCCUGAUGAUCAUCCCCUAUCCUGGCUACUAUCAGCUAAUGUAGUCAGGCUCCUUUCAUGCUGUGAGACCUCCUGGAAUCCUGGUAUUUCUGAGCCUCCGGAAAGAGUCCUGGGCCCAAUGACCUUCUGGAUUUCUCCUGUGGUCUGCCUCAGUUUCCCCUCCUGAUGAUCAUGGCUCUUUUCCACCUCCACAUAUAAAACACGAGUUUGGGCCCAAA